CUUCCCUCGUUACAGAUUAACCGGUGAUCGUUAACUAUCUCGGCUAGCCAGCGUGCUCGCUGGUGUCGCAACAGAUGGUGGUCAAUAAGGUCAGCGAUAGCCGGAGGGCAAAGAGCACCUCCGGCUCGCCAGGGGAUGGGCUGCCGGCGGUGUCGGCACCGCCCGGGCGGCGCUUGCCCCCUGAGCGGGAGGGUUCUAUGGCGCGGAUAAACUCUCGAGCUCAGAAGUUCGCCGAUAGCCCGGGGGCAAAGUCGAGCGGCACCACCAUGGUGAAGUUUAUGUUUUUGGGGGAUUCCGAGUGUGGGAAGACCGCGAUCGUUACUAGGUUCGCUACGGGCACGUUUGACCCAGUUUACAAGCCCACCAUGGACGUGGAUUUCACGCAGUCGAACGUCAUGGUGGGGGAGCAGCGGCUUCGGGUAGCGUUGUGGCAGGUGUCAGAGAAGAAGGAGGGCAGCCUGGCCACGAACACGUUCAGGGGUCUGCAUGGGGCCUUCAUCGUGGCAGACAUCGCCAGACAGGAGACUUUCCACGGCGUGGCCAAGUUCCGUCAGAUCAUCGACGAGAAGCUGGCGGAGGUGGGGGCGGGUAGCUUGCCGGUGGUCCUUCUCGCGAACAAGAGCGAUCGCUUGGGGGAGGACGGAGUGUCGUUGAACAAGUCCUCCAUGGACAAGCUUUGCAAGAGGCAUCGACUUCAUGGCUGGUACGCUACCUCUGCGAAAGACAACUCCAACAUCGACCUGGCCAUCAAGGAGGUGUUGAGGCGGGCGUUGCAGGGAAGCGCAAGGUCUGCGUUUGGUGAGCUGGAGCAGGACGAUGUGGAUGCCCUGGACGAGGAGUUGACCCAGCUCAACGGGCCAGGGUCCGACAGGGAGCGUUCCCCGGGCCAGCAGAUACUGAGAGACCACCAGUGGUUCGGGACGCAGAACGUGUCCACUAAGCAGGGGUGCGCGUGCGUCGUGUCCUGAUGGUUGGUGCUUAGGGCCUGAUUGCGACUCCCUCCCGGCGAUCACCAACGCCCGCCCGCCGCCGCGUCCAGCAGAGAGACCACCAACCCGGCACUCGGCAGCGCAAGGAGGACGCGGGGGGGGGGGGUGGUGUUCUCUUCCUUGUUUUUGUGGGUGUCGAUGCGGCGGGGGGGUAAGUGGUGCUCCUGUU